GGCUGGGUGGUCUGGGGUGGUUGGGAAUCGGGGGCUCAAGGCCACGCCAUGGGGGGCCUCAAGGAGGAGCUGCUCAAGGCCAUCUGGCACGCCUUCACCGCGCUCGACCUGGACCGCAGCGGCAAGGUCUCCAAGUCUCAGCUCAAGGUACUGUCUCACAAUCUGUGUACGGUGCUGAAGGUUCCACAUGACCCCGUGGCCCUGGAGGAACACUUUCGGGAUGACGACGAGGGGCCCGUCUCCAAUCAGGGCUAUAUGCCAUAUUUAAACAAGUUCAUUUUGGAAAAGGUUCAAGGUAACUUUGACAAGAUUGAGUUUAAUAGGAUGUGCUGGACACUUUGUGUCAAAAAAAAUCUCACCAAAAGUCCCCUGCUCAUCAGUGAAGAAGAUUCAUUUAAAGUGUGGGUUAUUUUCAACUUUUUAUCCGAGGACAAAUACCCGUUAAUUAUUGUGCCUGAAGAGAUUGAAUACCUGCUUAAGAAACUUACCGAAGCAAUGGGGGGAGUUUGGCAGCAGGAAGAGUUUGAACAUUACAAAAUCAACUUUGAUGCCAGUCGAGAUGGCCUCUCUGCGUGGGAAUUGAUAGAACUCAUCGGAAGUGGACAGUUUAGCAAAGGCAUGGAUCGGCAGACGGUGUCUAUGGCAAUCAAUGAAGUUUUUAAUGAACUUAUAUUAGAUGUGCUGAAACAGGGUUACAUGAUGAAAAAAGGCCAUAGAAGGAAAAAUUGGACUGAACGUUGGUUUGUGCUGAAACCCAACAUCAUUUCUUAUUAUGUGAGUGAGGAUCUGAAGGAUAAGAAAGGAGAUAUAAUGCUGGAUGACAGCUGCUGUGUAGAGUCCUUACCUGACAAAGAUGGAAAGAAAUGUCUUUUCCUAAUAAAAUGUUUAGAUAAGACAUUUGAAAUCAGUGCCUCAGAUAAGAAGAAAAAACAGGAGUGGAUUCAAGCCAUUCAUUCUACUGUGCAGUUGCUGAAGCUGGGCAGUCCCCCCCCUCACAAAGAAGCCCGCCAGAGACGAAAGGAGCUGAGGAAGAAGAUGCUGGCGGAGCAGGAGGAGCUCGAGAGGCAAAUGAAGGAGCUCCAGGCUGCCAAUGAGAACAAGCAGCAGGAACUGGAGCAAGUGAGAAAGAAACUGGAAGAAGCGGCAUCUCGUGCUGCCGAAGAGGAGAAGAAGCGUCUUCAGACUCAAGUGGAGCUGCAGGACAGGUUUAGCCUGGAGCUGGCAAGAGAGAAACUAAUCCGGCAGCAGAUGGAAGAGCAGGUUGCCCAGAAGUCGUCUGAACUGGAGCAGUAUCUGCAGAGGGUCCGAGAGCUUGAGGACAUGUACUUAAGGCUGCAGGAAGCUCUGGAAGAUGAGAAGCAGGCUCGGCAAGAUGAAGAGACGGUUAGGAGGCUUCAGGCCAGGCUGCUGGAGGAAGAGUCUUCCAAGAGAGCUGAGCUAGAAAGAUGGCACUUGGAGCAGCAGCAGGCCAUCCAGACCACCGAGGCCGAGAAGCAGGAGCUGGAAAACCAGCGGCUGCUCAAGGAGCGCGCCCUCCAGGAAGCGAUGGAGCAGCUGGCGCAGCUGGAGCUGGAGAGGAAGCAGGCACUCGAGCAGUAUGAGGGAGUCAAAAAGAAGCUGGAGAUGGCGGCCAGCAAGACCAGGAGCUGGAAGGACAAGGUGGCGCAGCACGAGGGGCUCAUUCGAUUGAUAGAACCAGGUUCAAAAAAUCCUCACUUAAUUACGAACUGGGGACCAGCAGCCUUCACUCAAGCAGAACUUGAAGAACGAGAGAAGAGUUGGAAAGGGAAAAAGAGCACAGAGUGACUCCAAGGGCAGACGCCGUGUGCCCCUGGAGCCAGAGGUCAGGUGGAGCUGGGGAGCUUUGUGCCAAAGACCAUACGGUGUGUGCCCUGCCGCGCGCGGUUGCCUCCUGAGUGCUGCCGGCUGGGCCAGCACGCAGAGGGAGACGCUUUUUUCUGCACCUCUCUGCACAAGAGCCAUCUCUGAAGCAGCAUCACAAAUGUCCACCCUGUUUAUUUGUUGGUCCUUGCUCCCUACCGCUUAGAAGAUAGCUCUCAUUUUUCUACCCAAGUGGAGGGGAGCCAUGUUUUGGAUAAUCUACAGCAGUGUACAGUCUCCAGAUACACCUUUGUCUUUGUAAUGAAUCCUCCGUGCUCUUGGCAACGUAGGAACCUCCCCGGCCAGGAAGCUGACCAAGUACUUAGUGAUUCAUACUGAUGACUGGUCAGUCGAUGCUCUCGUGGGGUGAUCGGGGAUCGUGACUUCCUGGUUGCCCCUCCAGAAUAUCAUUGGCCAUGUGGGAUUUUCCUGAGUUCUCCAGGACUCCUUCCUUUCCUUCCCCAAGAAACAGAUACACCUUCACAUGUGUAUGCUCCCUCUUGAGUCUAAUAUUCACCUUCCCUAAAUUCCCAGCCAACUGUAGGCUGGCCUGUGUUAGUGGAUAUUCUCUACUGCCACCACAAUUGCUUUGUGUUCCCUAAGAACCCAGUGGCUAGGCUGCAGAGAAGAUGACCUUGGGAGCAAGCUAAUUUGGAAUUAAAAAUGGGCACUGGGUGAUCCAGAUUCUCUGCACGUGGGUAAUAGAGAACGGUCUGUAUCAGCCUGGUAGCUCACUUGGUUACAAAUGGUGGCCUGUCAUUGCUCUGCUGACUUCCUAGGACCUAGUGUGUGUUGGGUGGUGCUGAAGAGGACAUUAGAUAAAGAACAGGAUAUGAGAGGCAGUGUGGUGUAGUGAGUAGAACACAGACCUUGAAGCCAGGAAGGUUCACAUGCUGAUAGACUGGCCAUGUGCCUCUGUUUGCUCUCUCAGGCUAUCAUUUGCCAAGAAGGUGCUGACUCGCAUUGGUAGAGGAACUGUCCUCACAUGGGAAUUCCCUAUGCCACUGAAAUUGCAGGUCUAGUUCCUGUGCCUAAGAACUCUUGCCCUCACAGGUUGUCCUGUGCAUCUUAGGAAGUCUCUCUGUACCUGUUUUGGGUUCAGAUAGCAAGAAAACAGUAUGGGAACACAGCCUUUUGAACAUAAUUUAAAAGCAUAAGUAAUCCCAUUGCGGGGGUAAUAUAUGAUUCUUAGAGUGGGGCAGCCAUCUGGGGAUAAUUCACGGGAACCAGCUUCUGAAGCUCAUUGUGGCAUAAGGAGAGAAUUCAGCAUUCACUUCUACUAACAUUCUUCUUCCCCACCUAACAUUAAAUGGAGAAAGUGUCCUGGUCAGAUGUCUAACACCCUCACCCCUCGACACCAGAGAGGUGUUUCAGAUGAAAUGUGAUUUCAGUGGCUUGGGUGCUCCCACUUCCACACCUGCCUCAGUGCAGAUGUUUCCACGAAAACAGCCGAAUCAGUGUUUCUUGUGAGCGCUCCAAAAAGCCCAUCACCUUUUGGCCAGUCUUAAGGGACUGAGCCUCUCCACACUCAGCUAGGCUGGUCCCAGGCUUGAAACCUUUUCAGCAUCAUAGGACAUGCCAGAGCUCAUGUUUCACUGGCAGAGCCUUCAAGAACCCAGGCUUGUUUUCACACCAUCCCGAGGCAUUAGAGGAAUGUGUUAGGGGAAGUAAUAAUAUUAAACUAUUCUGAAAUGUCAUGCAUGCAGAUUUAUAUUAUUUUAGUCAAAUGUAGAUACAAUCAAAAGGGAUAUAAUCCUAUAAGUUACUGCCUCUUAUCUGAGUAAAAGACAUUAACCAGUGGAAUGCCCUUACGAAUUUUUAAUCAUGUCGCCUUUGGCAAUUAAUUGAAGCAUAGUAUUCAACAUUCACUUCUUCCUGCCCUUGUAAACUUUAUUUUCUUAUUUUUAAAAGUUACUUCUCAUUAGGGGUCUUAAAAAUUUACAGAUACAGUUUGGGUUUCCGUUUCUUCUAUCCAGAUAUUUAUCAGUAUUAUUAUUUUGUUUCUUCAGUAAUGUAUUUUACAAGUAUGGAAUGAGGCCUUCUAGUCUUUUGGAGUCAUCCUAAACUCUGCCAAUAAAAUGUGGAGAUGUGGGAGAAGAUUGGAUAAUUUUCUCUUAACUUGAGUAAGGAUCCCACAUAUGUCUCCAGUAUGCCAAGUCACUAAUAAGGAACCUAGACUUUCCAAAGAAGUAUAAAUCGCGGGAUGAAAAAAUGCUUCUCUUCAAGGAAGACACGUUGUUUUCUGCUCUUAAAGGAAGGAACAGUGAAGGCCCUCACUUCUGCUGAAAUGCUGCCUCUUUUCUGAAGCAAGCAGACCAUGGCACCAAAGGGUCAGCCCUAUUGUUGUUGGCUCUCGAGAAUCUGCCUUUUGCCAGCCCGCUUCUGCCUUGCUUGGCUUUCACAGGCAGUAUUCUUCAUUUCAACCUUGACCAAGUGGUUAAAUAAUUUUCAGUUAAAUAUCAAUGCCAGAGAUCUUCCGUGGACAUCUGUCAUAUACAUACUCUAGUUACUGUAGAGGAAAAAGUAACAUCAUGUUAAAAACCAUUUAAUUCCAGUGGAUUUUUAUGGAUUAUGGACAACAUGGAAAUGAGUUAAUUCAAUUCAUAAUUGGAAUAAUCAUAAAAUUCAGAGUUGGGUGACUCCUCCAUGGUUAUCUGCUUCAACCUCUACCUAGAAAGGGUAACCCCUGCUAUCUCCCCAACAAGGGGUCUCCCAGACUUGGCUGAAAUGCCUCUAGGGAGGGUGUCACCUGUCUUCUGAGGCCACCCAGCCCAGUCUGGGACAGCUCUGCUGGUUGGGAAGUUUUUCUUGAUAUCAAGCUUUAAUUUGCUUCUUUGCAACUUGCAUCCUCUGGUCGAAUCCACCUUCCCAUUGACAACCUUUGAGCUGCUUGAAGACCGCUGCCCUGGCUCCUCCCUCUUCCCUAAGACUUCUCUUUACAUUCAGAAUCUCCAGGUCUGAGAUACAGCCAAGCCUCAUCUGCAUGGACGCAGUGCCAUUCUCCAUCCUCAUCAGUAUUCUUCCUGAUGUUUGAAGUAAACUGCUCUUUGUGGCAGAGUGCCCACAGAGCGCACGAUGAAAUUGCCAGCAGUAUCUGGAUUCUGCUUGGCAUGGGCCAUUGGCUCCUAAAUGACUAUCAGUGUGAUUGUUUAAUGGAGAGAGAGGUCAGGAAACGCGGGUAAUGAAAAGGUUAACGUGCUUCUGUGUUCUGUUAGGUUUGAAGAUGCAGUGGAGCAGUGUAUUGUAACUUACAAGCAAUCUCAUCGUCUGAGCACUGUAAGAUUGGCCACUUGCUUAACUUUUUGCUAAUAUUCCUAACAUAUUUGUGAAGUGUUUUGUAUCAUUUUUUUAGGAAAACAAACCAAAUAAGAAGAGGAAAAUUGCAUGAAUGACAUGAAUUUAGAACUGUCCACCUUAAUAAAACAGUGAGGGAAAGUAUGGUGUGUUUCUUAAUAAAGAAAUAUAUGCAUA